UGUAUUUCCCUGAUGAGGAGCGACGUUGAGCAUCUUUUCAUGUGCCUGUUGACCAUCUGGAUGUCUUCAGCAUGUGAAAUCUUGAAAAAAAUCUCACUGACAAUGAAAUUCUAAAGUGUACAACUUCUGUGUUUUAAUGCAAGUUUUGACUCUAAAAGAAGGAGCUUUGACAGAAGUAAUAAGUGGUUCAACAACACGUGUUUGACUGCAAGCUGCAGGAAGAGCUUUGCCAGUAAUACAGCAGGUCCCUCCUUGUCCUCAGAGGAUGCAUUUCCAAGACCCCAGGGGCUGCCUGAAACCGUGGCUAGUACUGAUCCCCAUGUAUACUAUGUUUUUUUCCUGUACAGGUAUACUUGUGAUGGAAUAAUUUACAAACUAGGCACAGUAAGAGAUUAGCAACAACUGGUAAUAGAACAGUUGGAAAAGUAUGCUGUAAUAAAAGUUAAAGGUAUGUGGUCUCAGAGUGUCUUUGUGUACCGUACUUACCCUUCUGGUGACGAUGUGAGAUGAUGAACUGCCCACGUGGUGAAAUGAAGUCAGGGGGACGACGCAGAGGCUGUGACGUAGCAUUAGGCUACUGUUGACCUUCUGGGGGUAUGUCAGGAGGAGGGCGCAGUUGACUGUGGGUGGCGGGGGCUGCAGAGAGGGAACCGUGGAUGAAAGGGGACUGCUGUGUGCCUGUCCCUGAAUCGCCCUGUGUAGUACAAGAAUCUAAACAGCCCACACCCAGGACCUGCCAUGGCUCAUCCUAGUCGGGCAUGAGUUGCCUUCAGGUUCCUUUCCUCUGUCGCUGUCUUGGCAGUUGUUUUAUCGUGUUCGUAUUUGCAUUUCUUGCAUUGGGGCCGUUGAUAGAUUUUGAAGUAGUUCUAGUGGUUUUAAGGUCUGUCACACCUCACGGUCGUUUGGAUUUUAGCAUUCUAAAGGUUUCUAACCCAAUAUCCGCCUUUUUUUUUUUUUUUUUUGUAUUUUAUGUUUUUCUACAAAAUGAUGUGAGAGUUAAAAAGUAUGAUUAUAUAUGAGUGCUGUUUUUAGUUUGAAAUUUAAAUCCUGCAUGGUCGAAUGGAAUAAACUGUGUUUUUUACAGGUAACUCUAGGCUAUCCCAGCUUGCUUCUGUGUGCACCUCCCUCCCUAUUAAUUUUAAAGGCUGAGAGAAGAAAUAAUGUCGAAUGAAAUAAAAAUAAUUAAAACAAUUUUCCUAAGAAGUUCUAAUUCUGUGACUUAAUAUUCUCUCCACCGCCCCCCCCCCCCCCCGUCUUUAAGGAGUGUUUUUCUUUUUUGGGGGAGGAGGGUAAGUAGUUACUGAACCACAUUGAGAAUCUGCCUUUUUUCUUGCAUCAUGGUACUUUGAAGUCUCUGGCAUUUGAACCUGAGUUUGGCACUGGUGUGGAGAGGAAGAGCAUGGUUUUAAAUGUCAUGCGAGUGGGUAGAGUUGUUGACCUCAAUUAAGGUGUGAUCUUGAACUUGAUACUAAUCUUCAGGGUCCCCUCCAGUUCCAGCAGUCACUGACUUCCCUCUCGUUUAUUCACGUUCGAAAAGGAAAAGCCUCUCUCCUUGGAUAUCAGGUUGUAUCUGAAAAUUGUUGACAAAUUAUAUAAAGCAGAGAAGAAAACAAGUUUUUGUUUGUUUUAAAGUCUGUCGAGGAAUAAUUGACACACAUAAUUAGGACACAGGUUUUGAUGUCUUGAAGCUCUACAGUGGUAGAGCUGGAAGGACGGUGUUGACACCGAUACUCAGUGGAGCAGAGGUACCACCCCUGCAGCGGGUUCUUGCGUCCGUCACCGCAGCCCUGGUGGCCCGGGAGUUGCUCCUUUCGGCAGCACCCUGGCAUCUCUGCCGUAGGGAACCACCGUCUCCUUCGGAUUGGCGGGGGAUGCCCGAGCUAGUCUCAGGUAGCUUUUUCCAGAAUUCGUUUUUGUGCAGAGAUUGAUCUAGAAGAUUUUACUUCUAAACAUCUUCCUUCCCAUUUCUGUUUUUGGUUUUUUGGGUUUUGCUUUGUUUUGUGUGGUCUUUUGUUUUGUUUAACCUGAGUUACUGAUGAUCGUAUUUUUACUCUUUUUAGGUAGAAGUUUUCUGAACUUUCUUUACCUAAAAAGAGAAAUUCAUCUUAAUAUUUCUCCAUUUUUCUCCUGUUUCUUCCCAGGGAAGGAGAAAUAUAUUUAUUAUGACAAAAUUUAGCAUAUUUUAGUCCCAUAUGGAAACAUUGGUAAGUGCAGGAGCUACUGUGAGUAGAAAUGGGACAUUGGACUGGAAAAUGAAAAUUCCCCCCAAAAUGAGUGGGAAGCAGUUAAAUGUGGGGGCAUUAGCCAUGUUUUCUUUUUUUUUUCUUCAAUAAAUCCUUUUAGUUUAUUAAUAUCUAAUUCAAUAAAACUCUGAUUUUAAAGACCUCGUGCACCUUUUAUGACCUUUCAUUGAACCACUUUACUUUUGAUGUUCUCCGUUGUGACAAAAUUGUGUUUCCAUUAUUGAUGAAAUGGGAGCAGACUUUUUGUCUGUUGGUGUUAUCUUUGUGGUGUAGGUCUCGGGAGAAGAUCUUGUUUGGUGGUAAAGUAACAUUUUGGUAACAUCUCGGUAAUGAAAUGCGAUUUAGCCGGGUAUCUUUAAACCUGGCAUCCAUGUCCCUGGGUGGAAUCUUCCCACGAGAUCUACCUUUGGCCGAGUCACCCUGCUGUGUUGUGCCCUGGACCAAGAUUGAACACUGCUGCAUCUAGUCCAGGCCUCCCUCAGGCUGACUGAAGGACCCCCAUCCACAAUGCCCUUGUGGCCUUCCUCUUUCCAAAGCACUGGAGCUCAUGCAGAGGACAGCGUAGAGAGCUGCUGUGCCUUCCAGUGUCCCAACUGUGGGGGUCAGUUGGCCUUUUGGUUUUGGUGAAUCCUGCUUGAUCAUCAGGCUCCCUGGCGUUUUCCACAGUUUCUGUGACAGGUGGGCACUGUCCUGUGUGUAUGUCCUAUGGGUCAUUUUGUACUCAUGCUCGUCCUGGCUGUGUGUGCUGUAGCUUCUGUCAUUGCUGUAAGUUCAACUUUAUCAAUAAAAAGAAUGUCUCACAUUGGAUGACAGAUGGCUGUGUGGUAUGGUUUGUGGGAUGGAGUCUGAUGUUCCAUUUCGUGUUCUGUACAUGGAAUGGUCUCCUCUUCCUGGUUCUUUCUAAACGUGGCCAGCUGACUCUGGUGGAGUCAGGUGGAAGCCCUCGGAGUUCCAUGAUGACUUCAUAGAGGAGGUACUUUGGACUCGGGGACAGCUGCCAAGAUGUCUCAGUUGAAAUGGAAGUCGAAAACCAAUAUACCUCUGUCAAAAAUAGCCAGCAAGGUUACCUGGGGAGAACAAAUUGGGUCAGGGUCAAAGCCAGUGUCUUCUGAGGACUUAAGAGAGAACUCUCAGUCUCAAAAGACACCCACCCCAGGUGGAUUCCAGAAGAGCGAGGAGGUUCGUAGCUCCCCAGCGUCAUCCAUCACUCUUAGCCAACGUGAGUCUCAACUGUUUACCCAGCUACCCAUGGCCAAGAUGGAGAAGGUGUUUGAGGAGGAUGUUGACUCAACCGGAGCCCUGGGCGUGAAGGCUUUCAUUAAGGCCACGAAGAAGAUUCUGAGCAGUGUGUCGGAUGAGAUGCUGGAGGCGCUGUUUUUGAAGGUGGACACAGACUGUAAUGGCUCCAUCACCUGGCAGAAGUACGUGGAUUACGUGAUGCGUGAGUUCCAGAGAAAGGAGAUGAUGAGGACAAGCCAGUACCGCCUGCGCUUCCACCUCCCCAUGAGGAUCAUCCCCCUGAGCCAUGGAUGUGAGAUUGUGAAGGUGCAGAUUUUAAUCCAGCAGUUCAAGAAGAUUGGGCAUCUCCUGACUGUCACCAAGGACGGGAUCUUGCAGAUCUGGUCUGAGACCUUCUCGCUGAUUAACUCCUUUAAGCUUAACCAGAUCCAGCAGCCCCACCACCAGCAGAUGUGGGUCAUCGACAUGGUCUGUCUCCACAACAUGAACCUGAUAGCGAUUGCAUCUACCGACCAGAAGAUAGAGUUCUUUGAUAUCAGCAACCACAACUGUGCCCGGGCCUUCACCUUCACUGAUCUGGACAGUUGUGUCCUGACCAUAGACUACUGGUCUGACUGUCACAGAGGUGUGUUCUGCUAUGGGGACACCAAAGGCAAUGUCAUCGUCUUCACCUCCAGCAAUGUGACCCACGGGCUGUUCAACCCCCGAAUCCUCCCCAGGACCUCCAAAUGGGAUCACUGGACCAACGUUUCCGCACGGAAGCUCCUAAAUGAAAAGUCCCCUUUGUAUAGAAGUUACUGGCUGAAAGCUCUUCAUCCCAACUGGUGCCAGCAGGUCAAGUUCAUCCCCCAGCUGAACAUGGUGGCCUCCUGCUCAGCCAUUGAGAAGUCCUCUCUGGUGCUGACCUUAUUGCCGUCCAAAGGUCUAGAGAGCCCCAAGUUUUCAGUGCUGAACUUAAGAAAAGGGAUUCUUUGCUUUGAUUACUGCCCAGACAAGAACUUGGUGGUGACUGGCGGCUACGACCCCCUCAUCCGCCUGUGGAACCCCUUCUUCUCAAAAAGGCCCAUGUGGCUGAUGAAGGGGCAUCAGACCUCCGUGACGCACAUCCUCAUGAACAGCAAGAACAGCAGCAUCCUCUUCAGCAUCUCCAAGGACAAGAAUAUCCGCGUGUGGGACAUGCAAGACUACAUAUGCCUUCAGUCCUUUUGUGGGAAGCUCUUUGCCCUGGGCAACUGCCCCAUCACCAGCGCCUACUUCCACGAGAACGAAGACAGCCUCGUCUGCACGACCUACUCAAUUGGGAUCCUAAAAGGCUACUUGGAGACCAAGGGGCCUGGGAAAGCAGGGGAGAAGACCUCGACUUACAGCACACCCCUGUGCGCCAUCCUCUACAGUAAGAUUUUUAAGCAGGUAGUGAGCGGCUGCCUGAGCAGCUUGGUGACAGUGUGGGAGAUCACGACGGGCAGGAGGAUGAUGGAGUUCUGUGUGACUGGGGACCAGCACGUGGAGCUGACCACCAUGUGCCUGGAUGAAUCAGAGCGGCGCCUGCUUACGGGUUUGUGCGACGGCACCAUAAAGAUGUGGAACUAUGCCGUUGGCGAAUGCCUGCUGACCUUCCCCAACCCGGACCAGCUGGAGGUUAGCGGGAUUGUCCACAUGAACAAGGUGUUCUACGUGACAGGAUGGAGUAAGAGAAUCACUUGUUUCACGCUCCACGAGACCAAGCCGAUGCUUCGGUGCCACCACUGGCAGAACUUCCACAAGGAAGAUGUCCUGAGCAUGGCCAAGUACCAGAACCAGUUCCUCGGGACCUCCUCCUACAACGGGGACGUCCUCCUCUGGAACGCCAACCUGUUCAAGCCCAUCCUCAAUUUCAACGCCUCUAAGAGCCCCUUGCCUUUGCUGCCCAAGAAGAUCCAAGAAGUGAACGACUCCCCGGCAGAGGGUUUCAGGUCCAGCAGGACCUAUGCGGAGCCCAAGAAGUGGGCACACAAAGCCCCCACACAGCCCCCGGACCCCAGGGCCAAGACUGCGGCCAACGCCCACCUACAGCGGAAUGUGAUGUCAGCUCCCCCAGUGAUGAAACGCCCCAGAGACAGGGAGCCAGAGAGGCCCGUGCCCCCGCAGAAACCUCUCAGUGCUGAAAGCCCUAAGCCGUUUAGAAUACCCUAUGGCAGACAGUCAGUUCUCAGAGAUGCUCAAAGGAGAGGAGGGGAGUUCCAGAAGAAGGUUCUGCUGCAAUCCAAUGCAUCGGUGGAGAAGAUCAUCUUCCUGCAGACCAGGCCUCGCCUGCCACUCAUAGCCACCCUGCUGAGCAGCUGCGUGGAUGGCCACAUCUAUGCCUGGUCCAUCCAUGGAGGCGGAGGUCUGCUCGGGAAGUUCCCUGUGGACUUCGAAGACAAGGGGGAUGUGGUUGUGGGCGCCAUGGCCACUGAUGAAAAAGACUUGAUCCUCGUCACAGGGGAUUGUAAAGGAUACAUCAAGAUCUGGGACAUCAAAGAUUAUUGCACAUUCAGUGACAAGUGUCCACUUCAACCCAAUGGAACAAGCAAGUUCCAGUUCUUAAUUCCUGAACAGGUCCAGAUCAACCUUCCACACUACAUCCCCUUGAAGGAGAAGGAGGUUGUGGCUGGCCAGACCAUUUCCUUGGUUCCUCCCAAGCUUCUGAAUACCUGGAAGGACCAUUUGGACAGUGUGGCAGACAUCCUGUAUGUAGAUACCUUCCAGCUGGUUAUCAGUGCCGGCCAGGACUGUAAUGUCAAGGCUCGGAAACUCUCCGGUGACACCGUUGGGACGUUCGGCCUGAGUGUCUGGAAAAGGCUGCGGGAUAUUCAGAUGGUUGGUGAUCCUGAACUGAGAAGAAACUCAAAGGAGGAGGAUGACACUGUAGUUGCUGCCCAGAAGGCCUUCCAUUCAGAGCUGCAGGAGGAGCGGGCUCUGGCCGAGGCCCUGGUGUACCAGCGGCAGGAGGAGGCGGCACUCGUGGCUCUCCUGAAUGGGAAGCCAGACACGGAGGCUGAAGCUUGGGCCAACCUGCAGAAGAUAACCCAGACGUCCCCGUGGGCUGGAGAGCGCUCCCAGGAAGACGUUGAGAGCAGCUGGUGCAAGUGGGAGUCCAAGGGCAAGCAGGAGAGCAAAGUUGUGGGAGCCGCGUACAAGCCUAAGGACCGGUCACGGAGUCCUGGACUCCGGUCCACCAACGUGCAGUAUGGCUGGAUGAAGUACCAGAUUUCACCUCAGAUCUACCAAAGCCUGCACUUCAGCAACCUGUCGCCCACCCACACGUCUGACCUCGUGUUGCACAACGUCCUGGGGCAGCAGGGCCAGCGCACCUACCCGGUGACCCACAACCACCAGAAGGACCCGGAUGCUGACAGGGAGACCGUGCCCAACACCACGACCAGCUCGCCCACUGCCUCCCUCUCUCCCAGCGACUCCCUCUCCUGGACAGCCUCAGGCUCCAGGUUCCUGGAGUCUGGCCUGUCCACCUCCCCGUACCUCCAGUCCUCCCCCUCGGUCUUGUCCCAGGCAUCCAGGUACAUCGUGCAGAGGUCGGCCACCCCCAUGCCUGUUGCCUCGUCCGUCAAGCAGCUCUCAAGACCCCCGAAUACCACCCUUCUGUCCUCCAUGAAUAGUUCCCGCAUUGGGUUCUGAGGUGGCCCCCCGUGUCUCCAGUCAUCCAGCACAGUGACCAGGCCCAUGGGGGUCCUGUCUGUCCCUGGCUCACCCCUGCCAGGCCCAGAGGAUACAGACCUCCUUCUAUUGACCUCCUUCUUCACUAGAGUCCUGGAGAAGAAAAUAAAUAUUUGCAGAUAUCAGAGGCCU